AUGGACCGGGUAGUUUCUCUACUGGGGGCUAUUCUGCACCGACCUCAUCUCGCUACCUACGUUAAGCACGUUGAGAUUCUCCCGACAAUUCUAUUCGAUCCAUUAUAUGAUGCAUAUGGGGAAUGGAAACCGUCCCCGGUUUGGAAAAGCGAGGUGAAAUCCUCGGGAUAUUUUCGAAAGGUCGCCGAGAUGGCAAAGAACCUUGUUUCCAUAGCGCAUUUUCCCUCGUCUCAGGAUUGGGUGGUAGCCAUUGAGGGAGGAGACCCAUAUGCCCUUAUGACGCUUUUCCUCUCGCAGCUUGGUAACCUCCGAACACUCCGUUUGGACUUCACUUUUGUCUGGCAAUCUGGAUGGCCAGGGAGAAUGUUGACCCAUGCAUUAUCGUCCGCACAACAUGGAUUAUCCCGAUUUUCUCACCUCGCGGAGGUUGAAUAUGGGGUUAAUGCCCCCGAGACCCCCUUUUUUGAGCGAUGA